AUGGGCAGGGACUCUGUUGUCCUAGAGGUGGCUGAGCCGGAGCUGCCCUCCCGUAGGGAAUGUCUCUCCCACCCGCAGCCCUGUCAGAUUCUCAAACGGAUCGGUCACACGGUGCGCGUUGGGGCUCUGCACUUACAGCCGCGGCUCUUCCGUCACGAUCCCACCUUCAGGGGCAAGAAAGAACCCCUUGUCCCCGUGGAUGAAUGGGACACGGACGGAGGCUCGAGGGAGGCAGCGGAGAGACAGUUGGAAAAGAUUAGCAAAAGUGUUAAUGACCACGGUUUACGCAGCCUACGGACUAAAGGCACGGGGAACAACCAACACAGAGACCGGGGGACUAAAAGUAAAAAUAUGUACAAACAGGUGGAGAGUGAGAGUCGUGUGUUCAUGCCGAGGGACUCUAUCAUAUUAGCCAUGGAGACGUUGAACCGCAUGGUCGGUCUGUUACCAUAUAAUCUCUCACUGGAGGUGGUGAUGGCUGUGGAAGCGGGGCUCGGGGAAUUACCCGCUUUCUCCUUCUCGUCUUCCUCUGUGUGUGAAGACCCCAUGUCGUUUCUACAGAGUGUUUGUCAUACUGUUAUAGUCCAAGGAGUUUCUGCUAUGAUGGCUUUUCCUCAGACCAGGGACGAACUGGUGAAGUUGGAAUUCAUCGCGUCAGCUCUUCAGAUUCCCGUCAUCAGUGUUGUCCAGAACGAAUUCAAACGGCAGAGUAAGAACCCUCUCCAUUUCCAGAUGCCGAUGCAGAACCCGGCCCUCCCACAGGCUGAGCUGCUCUACUCCCUGCUGGUGAUCAACAGCUGGUAUGACGUCAGCCUCCUGCUCUGUCAGGAGUGGAACGUCUCCAGCUUCCUGGUUCGUCUCCGUAACAACACCAAGUUCCACCUGGGCUCUGUGGUCAACAUCACCACCUCCAGUACCUCCUCUGGAUCUCACCCCAACAGCUCUGUCUCCAAGGCCGACUUCCAGACCUCUCUGCAGGGAUACCUGGAGUCCAUCAAGGAGUCAACGUCUACGGUCGUAACAUUCGGCUGCGACAUCCGGGACAUCAAGAGGAUCUUUAACGUGGUGGCCAAGCUGGGCCUGAUGCUGCCAGAGUACCACUGGGUGUUGGGGGACACGCAGGACGUGGAGGAGCUGAGGACCGAGGGGCUGCCGGCGGGUCUGCUGGCCCACGGCAGGAUGGGGACUCCCUCCCUCGAUCAUUACGUCCAGGAUGGGCUGGAGCUGGUGGCCCGGGUGGUGGGGUCAGCUGCGUACCGCUCCCCUGAGCUAGCCCUCAUCCCCUCCGUCACCAACUGCAUGGAUACACAGAGUAGCCAGAACAGGAACAUGACAUCAGGGAAAUAUCUGGCCAGGUUUCUGUCCAACACGUCAUUUGACGGUCUGAGUGGUUUCAUCUCGUCCCAGAAGGAGACAGUGAUCUCCUCAGAGAGCCACCACUUCAUCUGGUCCCUGCAACACGACCCCAUAGGGAACCCCAUGUGGACCAGGCUGGGCCGAUGGAAGCACGACAGGGUGCUCAUGGACUACACUGCCUGGACCAACAAACAGACACCCCACCAAGGAGGGGACUGGCGGUACCCGUCGCGGCUCCACCUCCGGGUGGUGACGUUAGUGGAGCACCCAUUCGUCUUCACCCGGGAGGUGGAUGAGGACGGUCUCUGUCCCGCUGGUCAGCUCUGCCUGGACCCCCUCACCAACAACACAGCCCUGCUCCAGUCACUCUUCCUCCAGAUGCAGGGGCCUAAUGACAGCAUUCCCAUUGAGUAUAAGAAAUGCUGCUACGGCUACUGCAUCGAUCUACUGGAGAAACUAGCGGAGGACAUGGGCUUUGACUUCGACCUGUAUAUUGUAGGCGACGGCAAGUACGGUGGGUUUAAGAACGGGCGCUGGACAGGGCUGGUGGGGGAUCUUCUCAGCGGAGCGGCCCACCUGGCGGUCACAUCCUUCAGUAUAAACUCGGCCCGGAGCAGGGUUAUAGACUUCACCUCCCCGUUCUUCUCCACCUCUCUGGGCAUCCUGGUGCGGAGCCGGGACACGGCCGCGCCCAUCGGGGCCUUCAUGUGGCCCCUGCACUGGUCCAUGUGGCUGGGGAUCUUCGUCUCUCUGCACGUCACGGCCGUGUUCCUCACCGUCUACGAGUGGAACAGCCCGUUUGGGAUGACGCCGCGAGGCAGGAACAGAGAUAAGGUGUUCUCCUUCUCCUCGGCUCUGAACGUCUGCUAUGCCAUCCUGUUCGGCCGUACCGCCGCCAUUAAGCCUCCUAAGUGCUGGACGGGUCGGUUCCUCAUGAAUCUCUGGGCUAUCUUCUGCCUGUUCUGUCUCUCCACCUACACAGCGAACCUGGCCGCCGUCAUGGUGGGGGAGAAGACCUUCGAGCAGCUCUCAGGAAUACACGAUCCAAAGCUUCAUCACCCAUCACAGGGGUUCCGCUUCGCGACGGUCCGGGAGAGCAGUGCAGAGGAUUAUCUGAAGAAAAGCUUUCCAGAGAUGCACGAAUACAUGAGACGAUACAACGUACCAGCAACCCCAGAUGGAAUAGAACAUCUGAAGCAUGAUCCACAGCAACUGGAUGCUUUCAUCAUGGACAAGGCCUUACUAGACUACGAGGUGUCUAUAGAUGCAGAAUGCAAGACACUCACCGUGGGGAAACCAUUUGCAAUUGAAGGUUAUGGCAUCGGCCUGCGCCAGAACUCUCCCCUGACAUCUAACAUCUCUGAGCUGGUGAGCCAGUACAAGUCAGACGGCUUCAUGGACAUGCUGCAUGACAAGUGGUACAAGGUGGUGCCUUGUGGGAAACGGAGCUUCGCCGUCACUGAGACCUUACAAAUGGGCAUAAAGCAUUUCUCAGGCCUGUUUUUGAUGCUAUGUGUCGGGUUGGUUCUGUCUCUCCUCACCACCCUGGCUGAACACAUCAUCUACCACUUCGUUAUACCCAGAGUCAAGGACCCCAAAUUCAAGUAUUGGCUGCAUACUAGUCAGAGAUUACAUCGAGCUAUGAACACAUCUUUCAACGACGAUAAACUGCAGACUGUCGCCAAGAAGGAAAAAAGGUGCAACGUGGUUAACCACCACCACCAGCAGCAGCAACAGGAGCAGGCAUGUGUACCAUGGACCAGCUCAGAGUCCGACUGCAACAGGAGGAAGCUUCUGGAGUACCCCUGUGAUUGCCCCACUCCUCUUGCUCCUCAGGCCACCUCUAACGGGAGGACACACCUGGUCCAGGUGGGUCUACAGGCCAGGACCAACCCCAUGCUGCAGGAGCUGUCGGAGCUGGAGACACACAUCACCGUCAUCAAACAGCAGCUGCACAUCGCCAUGAAGAAGAAGAGGGAGCUGGAGCAGAUACACAACAUGACCGAGUAGAGCAUUGGUACCAGCAGACACAUAACAUGACAGAGUAGAGCACUGGUACCAGCAGACACAUAACAUGACAGAGUAGAGCACUGGUACCAGCAGACACAUAACAUGACAGAGUAGAGCAUUGGUACCAGCAGACACAUAACAUGACAGAGUAGAGCAUUGGUACCAGCAGACACACAACAUGACAGAGUAGAGGAUUGGUACCAGCAGACACACAACAUCCCUGAGUAAUUACGCUAUAGAAAAGGUACCAAUUCAAUAGCGUGGGUGAAGGCAUUACAAGCUGGGGGGUGAAGCUAUGAAGCUAACGCUGUUACAUCUGGUACCAGCAGACACAACAUCCCUGAAUAGAGGUUGGAGCUACCAGCAGACACAUAACAUCCCUGAAUAGAGGUUGGAGCUACCAGCAGACACACAGGAACACUGAAUAGAGGCUGGAGGAGUACCACCACAAAACGAAACCCUGAUAUCCUUGAGUCCGAGAGCAGCACAUGGGACUAGCAGGAGGACAACAGCCUGAGACCAUGAGACCAGCAGGACUAACGCCAGACCCAGAGCCCCAAAGCAGACCACCAUGGCUAAUCCUGAGCCCUGGAACACUGUCUGCUCUCCACCUGCGACCUCCAACAUCUCUCUGACAGAGGAGUUAACCAGAGGAACACUGUUUCCACCUCCAACCUCCAAGAUCUCUCUGACAGAGGAGUUAACCAGAGGAACACUGUCUGCACCCAAAGCCUUGGAACCUGGUCCCUGUCCUGGGGGUGGAUUCUUUCAAUAUACACUGAA